AUGCCGAAAAGAAAAGAAAACGAUCGGAAGCAAAAAAAGGAAAUAAAAUUAAAAACUUCCGUCAUUAAAUUUAUCUACGAUCUCAACGCGUUAUUCAAAGUGCACAGAUCUUUGACCGUUUCCUCCAUUAUACACCGAUACUGGAUUACGAGAGUGACCCCGUGAAGAGACCAUCACUUAUUCGGUUACACGUGAGAGUGACGAUCGAUUUUUGCUGGUGCACGAGCCGAUUGAUAAAAGUAACGAGAAACAUUAAAUCGCCGGUGGUAGUGCGGUAGCGGGAGAGCGGAAAGUGAACAGAGAAUCUUUGUAAGAAAAAGAAUCGUUGUACCGUGAGAUAAUAUCCUUGACUAAUAAUCGAAGCGAGUAUCCUUGUUACAGGUGUACCGGAACUUUGCUCUCUUACCCGAAGCGCAUCCGGCGUAUUUAACGAGAAUACGUGUAUGAUGCGUAUCUGUACGCUUGUUCUUACUUUCGCUAGGGGGUUAUUACCUUUUAUACUUGGGCAAAUCUUUAAAGUGAAACCGAUUGUUCCAUCGCCCGUGAACGCCAUUGUCUUUAUAUAUAUAUGGGUUACGGUUAACAGCUAAAAAUGAACAGUGCUCCGCCCGACGUUGGAAAAAUAGGUGGUGCCCUCGUGAAAUCGAAAUAUUCUCCACUUUCGACCUAAGGAAAAAAAAGGAGAAGAAAAAAAAAAAAUAAAUAAAAAUUGCGGGGGUGCAUACCACACAUGAUGAAGUUAUCCGCGGUGUGUUUGUGCGUUAUCAUCUCGAAAAGUGUAUCGGUGAUAAUGGAAGCGGAAUCUGAAAAAAAAUCGAUCGACGUCGAGGAGCCUGCGGUUCAUUCAGAAAGUUUCGGCGAUGCCUUGGGGAACUGUUUGGCACAAAAAAUCGGCACCGUGGAAUGCGUUAAUCGCGGAUUAUUGAGCACACUCCAGUCACUUAACGAACACGAUGAAAUGAGAUUUGACAACGUGUACUUGGAGAGAGUUAACGGUCAGUCCCGCGAUUUGUUGGACUUGGAUUACGAUCCGACCGAUUUUGGAAAUGUUCUGAGGGCCGGCGCCCGACUCAUGGAACAAAGGGGACUCAAAUGGGAUCUGGCUACGGUUUAUCCCGGUCUUGUUAUGCAAGUUGGACCGAUGCUCAACGGACAAGGCGUUCUUGAAUUCGUCAUCGACGAACGAUCCGCCGCGGCUAGUUAUUCGGAAAGAGCUGGACUCAGCACAGGGCAAGCGAUAGUGAGGAAUCUGGUGCUGCCAUUCCUUCUCGGAUUCAAGUUCAACCUGGUGUCGUUGAUACCGUUGCUGUUCGGUGCCCUUCUACUGGUCUCCAAGAAGGUCUUCAUUCUGGCAAAAAUUGCGAUAUUCCUGAGCGGAAUAUUCGGAUGGAACUCGCUCUACGGAGGCGGAGGAGGAUCGCACGGUCCUCAUCAUCACGGUGGCGGAGGGUACGGCUUCGGAUCGGAUUAUUACAACCACAUCCCAUCCUCGCACAACAAUUACAAGGAAUACACGACGAUUCCGGACUACAAUCCAUUCCAACACGUCAUCAGAGAAACUCUGAACGUCUACAAGCGAGACAGAGGUCCUCAAAAUUUGGAAAAUUUGGAGAACAGAAAUUUCGCUUGGGCCAGGGAUCAAUGAACGUUCGGUCGACCCUUUUGUAAUUUUAUAAAAAAAAAAAAAAAAAAAAAAAAAUGAAGCAAAUCACCCGUAUUCUCUUUCGGCGAAAUUGUCCAAUAAAAGUCCCGAGCAAUCGAAA